UGCACAUGCACAUGCCCCUCCCCCGUCUAACACAUAAACAAACUUUAGUGAAAGAGGAAUCUCAAAUUACAGAGAUAAAGUGUUAGGAUUAGAGAUUAAAGAACCCAGGGGACCAGGGUGCUCUUGUGCAACCUGUGCGUAAAACAGCCAAAAGUGGGCGUGGACUUGUGCGCGCACACAAGGGGGAACGGAAACGAGCGCCGCGAGGGAAACUCGGAGCCGGCUGCACAACAAUAUGACAGAAAGAGCAAACAAGUUGUGCGGAUGAGACAUUUAGUUUUGUUUUGACUCCUGUUUCAAACCAGCAGGAAGGGGAGCCACUUUGGACUUUGUUCACAGUUGGUUGGCUGUGAGGGGAACAGAAAUAUGAGGAAAUAAAUGCUGCCUCAUUUGAACCAGGAUUUGGUCUCCAUGAGGACUACUGAGGCACGCGUGCUUCCUCUGGUGGUACUUGGAGGGAAAUCAGAAAUACUGUUCUACUGUAGGGAAGGGCUGGACCACUACGAUUUCUAAAGGUUGUCCAGAUGCAGCAGAUGUGAAAUCAGAACACCAUGUUGGAGCCUCCAGAACCAGGCCAGGAGAUUGUGGAUUGGCUGUAUACCCUUCGUCUGUCCCAGUAUGUCACCUGUUUCCAGCAGGGAGGGUACCAAGAUCUGGAAGACUGUAAGGAUCUCACAGAUGAGCACCUCCAUGAGCUUGGAGUCCUCCCCACAGGCCAUCGAAGGCGCAUUCUCCGCAGUCUGGAAGCUCUAGGGGUGAAGCUUCAGAGUGGUGGGGAGGAUGAGGAAGAAGAGUUAGGGGUACAGAAUGGGAGGCGUCGGAGGAAGCCAGUACCACACCCGAGGUAUAUCUUCCUAAAGGACAAAAAGAGGGGAGCUUCAUAUCAGCACCCUCAGCCAAAGGAGAGGAACUACAAUGAUGUGGAGGGGAGUCAAACUUUGCCUCCAGGAGCAGGACUGGGAACAAUGACCGAGGACAGAUACUUCCGCCCACCUCAACCUGCCCCACGUAAUCCCCAGAACAUCCAAACAUCCGUGUCCCAACAUACCUACAUCCCUCAAUCCGUGUCCUCCAGCAGCAGCACCGAGUCCCUUCCAAUUUCAGAGAUACCUUCAGACUGGGAGAUUUCCUCCGAGGACCAGUUACUGCCAAGCACAGACACUGCGCCCCAUUCAGCUGAAAACCCCAACCCAUCAGCGACUGAAGACCAGGAUGGAUUUCUCUGUGAAAUGGUCGAAAACUCCAUUUAUGGGACACAGUCCAGUUUUAAGGCUUCUACAGGUCCACGGCUUACUCGCUCCUACAAGCUGAGACACCGGCCUGUUCCUGAGAUCCCGAUUCAGACCAUACUACUAUUGCAGGAAAGGUGCACACCACCAGUGCAAACAACCAGCCCUGAACACCUAACUGCCUCCGAAGGUCCCACCGGUGCAAACGGCAUACAAGCUUCACCACAAAAGACCUUGAUGCCUAUUGCUCCCUACGGAGAAACGUUCCUGUACAACAACCCUGAAAGAGCACCGGACCAAGGAGCUAAGGAAGGGUUACAACUUGCUUUCAAAGACAAGAUAAAGCAGAAGAAACAGAGGAAAAAGCAGAAGGCGCCAAAGGAAAAUGAUUCUCCGCCGGCUCCUGUCAUCCCAAAUGCCUGCGAAGACGAGUAUUCAACAGUGAAAGAGUGCACCAGGAUUUCGUCACAGGCCACUCUGGACCAAGGUUUUGCCGCGCCCGCCGAAAAACCAGUUAUCAGUGCAACUGCCUCUCGCCCCAAAGAUGGGUCCUUGAUGAUGGUGGAGUGUGACCUCUAUUCAGAGCCUGCAGACAUUGUGGCGGGUGCAAGCAGGACUGCCUUGCCUGACAUCUCUCCUUAUGCAUGCUUUUAUGGAGCCCCCAAACACCAGGUGCUCAAAGUGGGCUGGCUGGACAAACUGUCGCCUCAAGGAAACUGUGUCUUCCAACGGCGGUGGGUGCGCUUCGACGGCGAGAGUCUGGCCUACUACAACAACGACAAGGAGAUGUAUUCCAAAGGAAUGAUCCUGACCAGUGCUAUCAGACAGUUACGGGGACAGGGUGACAACAAGUUUGAGGUGGUCACCUCCCUUCGGACCUUCGUAUUCCGGGCUGAUAGAGAAGGGGAGCGCCAGGAGUGGAUGGAAACUCUUCAGUCAGCCGUGCACCCCCCUGCCUCCGGCUCCCAGAAGCCUUCCGACAGCCUCCUCUACGCUUCCUCCACAAACAAGCGAGGUUUGCUGGAACUGCGCGGUUACAAAGGCAGAGUGCUGGUGUCCCUGGCGGGAAGUAAAGUCAGGCUCUGCAAAACAGAACAGGACCAUAGAGCGGGACUGGCGAUCACCGACCUGGAACUCACUGCUGCCAAUAUUCGAGACAUGGACCGCAGGGCCUUUGAAAUCAACACCCCCUUCAAAAACUUCUGCUUCACAGCCGAGUCAGAAUGGGAGAAGGAGGAGUGGAUUGAAGCAAUCCAAGAAUCGAUCGCCGAGACACUCUCCGACUAUGAAGUGGCGGAGAAGAUUUGGUUCGACGAGGCCAACAGGAGCUGUGCCGACUGUCGCGCACCGCAGCCGGAGUGGGCAUCAGUCAAUCUGGGGGUGGUCAUCUGCAAGAAAUGUGCAGGACAGCACCGCUCGCUCGGCCCAAGUAUUUCCAAAGUGCGGAGCCUGAAGUUGGACAGCAGUAUUUGGAGCAAUGAGCUAGUGGAGCUGUUCCUGGAGGUGGGCAACAAGAACGCUAACACGUUCUGGGCAGCUAAUCUUCCUAUGGAGGAGGAGCUAUAUGGCGGAGCCUCACUGGAGCAGCGUGCCACUUUCAUUCGCAGGAAAUACAGGGAGAGGAAGUACCGGAAGGCCCUGGAGGGCUUUAAUGACCUGGAACAGCUCAACCAGGCCCUGUGCGCAGCGGUGGUGUCGCCUGAUGUGCUGCAGACCAUGAUGCUGCUAUUCAGUGGGGCAGAUGUUAUGUGCGCCACUGGAGAUCCCACCUGCUCCACCCCCUACCUCUUAGCUCAACGCGCCGGACAGAAGCUACAGAUGGAGCUCCUGCACCAGAACAAACUAUCUGAUUUCCCCAGACUCGAGCAGUGGUCAGAGGAUCCCUCAGUGUCUGACGUCUCCCUCUUCAUGGAUGGCUUCCUCUACAUCUCCUCUGGCACGGCCAAGUCAACGCUGGAGCGCCGCAGAAGAGACGACAUGGCACGCCGUUGGUGUACCUUGGAAGGCGGCUUCCUGAGUUACUACGAGAACGAGAGAAGCUCGUCGGCCAUCGGCAGAGUGGAUGUCAACACGGUGGUUACCAUGGCUGUAAACAACACCGAGACAAUGACCGGAGCUGGGGCCGUGUUCACCAUGGAACUGUACCUGCUGACGGAGCGAGUUUUAAUUGUCGGAGCUGAAACACAGGAAACGCAGCAUGACUGGAUCCAGGCACUGAUAAAGUGCUUCAUUCCAUCGAAAGUCGAGGGCCUGGUGCAGAGAGACAGCGAGCUGAUUGGCAGACUCCAAUACAAAGAGGGCCAUGACCUGUACCACUGGAGGACAGGCUGGUUCAUGCUGGAAGGUUCUGCCCUGCACUUCACUUCAGGAGAAGAGGAGGAAGAAGAGGAGGUUCUUCAACUCAAACAGCUACAGGAGCUCACUGUCUCCACACAUAGUGAGGGCGAGGAGAAGAUCCAGGUCUUGCUGAUGGUGGAGGGUGGAAGAACGGUUUACAUCCAUGGCUUUAACAAGACAGACUUUGCACUGUGGCACUCCGCUAUCACACUGGCUGCUGGCACAGAUGGCAAGGCCCUCAGUGACCAACAGCUGACUAAAAAUGGAGUCCCUAUUAUCGUCGACAGUUGCCUUGCUUUUGUCACUCAGUAUGGUUUGUGUAAGGAGGGAGUCUACCAGAAGCCCGGGGAGCCUGCCAGAGCUGCCCUUCUCCUGCAGGAGUUCAUCCACAACGCCCGGGAUGUGAAGCUGAGGAAGAAGGAGCACCAGCUGGAGGACGUGACUGACACCCUGAAGAAUUUCUUAUCUCAAGUUGAGGACGCGCUGCUGACCAAGGAGCUCUAUCCAUACUGGGUGUCAGCUCUAGAUGAGAAGGAUGAGGGACGGAGAGUGAGGAAGUACUCCACUUUCAUAGAGAGCUUGCCCAAGGUCAACAGGUCGACGCUUGAUGCUCUUCUGCAACAUCUGUACAGGAUUCAGCAAUGUUCCCACCUCAACCACAUGCCAAGUGAAAAAUUGGCAUCUGUCUUCUCCCCCCGCUUGUUCCAGACUCAGGGACAAACCCCACAGGAAAUAAGUGUGGUCCAUGACCUCAUCAACAACUACAUUCCACUAUUCAAUGUCAAUGAGGACCAGGUGCAACAGAUGGAGAUAGAGAAUGGUUUCAUUGCACGCUGGAAUGACAAGAAGGACACCACAUUCUCUCCAGCUGGGGACUUGAUCUUUGAGGUGUACCUGGAAAAGAGAGAGCCAGAGAACUGCUGUUUAAUCAAGGUUUCUCCCAGCAUGCGUUCGUUGGAGCUCGCAGAAACUGCGUUGACAAUGAGGAAUGUUGCCUUCAAUGCCAAUGACCUCUGGACCACCUUUGAAGUCAUUGAAAAUGGAGAGCUAGAGCGACCUUUGCACCACAAUGAGAAGAUUCUUGAACAGGUGUUGGAGUGGAGUUCUUUGGACUAUCCAAGUUCUGCUUUUCUUGUAAUAAAGAAGUUUUCCGAGGCUAAAAGAGCGGCUGAUGGAAAAGAAGACCAAAAACAGUUCAUAAAAGGCGACUAUCUGAAGUUCAGUGACGGAUCCUCCAAACUGCUGUCAGGGCACAAAUUCCAGGACAAAUAUGUUGCACUGCGUAAAGAGAAGCUGCUGCUCUACAGAGACAUCAAAAGCACUAAAGCGGAAAAAGUGAUCCUGCUCAAGUCUGUGAAAUGUUACCUCGGCUUGAGGAAAAAGCUCAAACCAGCAACCAGCUGGGGCUUCACAGUCUACUCUGACAAACAGCAAUGGCAUUUGUGCUGCGAGAAGAGGGAGACGCAGGUCAGCUGGGUGACGGACAUAAUCAGCAUGAAGUACGGUUCUGGCCUCUGUUCAAAGUCCAUUAACUCAAAAGAAACUACAGAUUCCAAAUCCUCCAAACGGCGUGCUGCAACUGAUGGUCGCAAAUUCCCAACUCGCAACCAUAAUACCAGCAAACAGGUCCCCGACAAGAGGAUUUCUCUUGUUGGUGCCAACCAGGGCUCCACUGACAAUGCUGGUCUUCACAAGACCGCCACAACCAACUACCCAAAGCCCAACAACUUGCUGAAGACCCCGGACGUUCGGAACACCACACGUUCCGUAGAUAUUGGCCAACUCCCACGGUUGCCUUCUCCGUCCCCAUCCAGACACUCCCAGCUCAUGGCUUUGCCCAUUCUCCCAAAGGCUGCCAGUAAAACCACCAUCAGAAAGCCUGUUCUGGCCGUGGAGGGGGGUAUGAUGCCACCAAAUCUGAUGAAUGAACUGAACCUGGUGCUGAACAAGACGGGUCGCAGUGCCAAGAACAGUGAGGAAGAUAAGUAAGCAGGAGAACUAGUCCCAAAGGUGAAACUGUUAGACAAAGAGAAGAGAGUUGUAAGAAAAAAAAAAAGAAACACUGACAAACAAAAGAGCAGGGGAAGGGGAUGAUAGCCUGAAGAUUCUGCUUUUGAACUCCGAUAUAUAAAGCACUGCUGAUGCAUGUGUGGAGGGGAAGAACAGGUGCAGGAGAUCUUGGAGGUCAUGCAGACCUCAGGUGGACAUGGCACUGACCCAAGCACUACAGAAACAAUGUGACGUAUACACCACUCUUCUAAACUCUUAAAAAAAAACAUGAACUGUAUGUAUCCAGCUGUCAAAACCUAGAGGUUUCUAGAAAUACUGAACUGCUAGCUUCAUGCUUAUGUUUCAACCUAGCACUUAUGUUCUAAAAGCUGUAUAAUGAUGUUAGACCUCUUAAAUAUCAUCAUGUUCAUGUUGACAUAAUGUGGUCCGCCAUUACCACAGAAAAAAAAAAAUGUGCUCAUUAGCCAUUACAGCAAUUUCAAACAAAAGAGGUAAGAAAGUCAAGGGCCCAUUAGCUAUUAAUGCUUGGUAUUUUUGUAGACAUGACAUGGUGGGCAAUUUUAUGUGUAAUUAUUUAUUAUUUUCUUGUAACGUAAACAUUUUUGACCCCUGUGUAGUGAGCAGUGUUUUCAAAUAUCAUUAAGUACACUUUCAAUUAUAAAAAGUUCAAUCAA